UCACGAGAUAAAAAUCUUAGAAAAGCUGCCAGAGGCACGGUAUAAAGAGAAAAACGGUUUCUCCCCCUCCUCCAUCCUCACUCCCAUCUCCUACCCCUCACUACCGCCCUUUAAUGUGUUCCUAGAAGGAGAAGAUAUGUUUCAAUUGCAGGUUGCUCGAGUGGAAGUUUUCGGGACUGCUUUAGGCCAAGAUUAUAUAUAGUAAUUAAAACUACUUGUUAAUGGCUUCCCUUUUCUCAGCCAGCUCCACCCCCAGGUGGUUUGAACUUUGAGCCUCUUGUAGACCUGAUGAACAGUUUCGCUUUCCUCACGUUUAUGACACUUGGAACUUCAAGAAUUGGAGGUUUAUGCAAUUUGAGACCCGUCAGCACGGUGCAGAAUUCAGAGUACUGAGAGACAGAGAUUAAAAUGGCUUCCAGAGGAAAGACAGAGACAAGCAAAUUAAAGCAGAACUUAGAAGAACAGUUGGAUAGACUAAUGCAGCAAUUACAAGAUCUGGAGGAAUGCAGAGAGGAACUUGAUACCGAUGAAUAUGAAGAAACCAAAAAGGAAACUCUGGAGCAACUAAGUGAAUUUAAUGAUUCACUAAAGAAAAUUAUGUCUGGAAAUAUGACUUUGGUAGAUGAAUUAAGUGGAAUGCAACUGGCUAUCCAGGCAGCUAUCAGCCAGGCCUUUAAGACCCCAGAGGUCAUCAGAUUGUUUGCAAAGAAACAACCAGGUCAGCUUCGGACGAGGUUAGCAGAGAUGGAUAGAGAUCUCAUGGUAGGAAAGCUGGAAAGAGACCUGUAUACUCAACAGAAGGUGGAGAUACUAACAGCUCUCGGGAAACUUGGAGAGAAGCUGACUGCAGAUGACGAGGCCUUCUUGUCAGCAAACGCCGGUGCUAUACUCAGCCAGUUUGAGAAAGUCCCUACAGACCUUGGCUCUGGAGACAAAGUUCUUGCUUUGGCAAGUUUUGAGGUUGAAAAAACAAAAAAAUGACAUGAUAUGAAAGCUUGAGACAUUGAUCACAUUUUUGUUGUAAAUGGCGUUUUUCUUCUGGGGAUUUUGAGUCAUUGCAGAGAAAUCAAGAGAUUCUUGAAAUGCAUUAAUAACCUAAGAAAAGGUGACGGGAAAACAUGCUUGUGGCUUCUGUUCAUGCCCUUCAUCACUGCUUUGUGCAGGGAUGUCUGCUUGAGUGAUCCUGGGCUUGCUGGGAUGGAGGGACUAAUGGACCUUAUUCAUUAUUAUUUGUGUGAUUAAGAGAGAGAAAACAACAGUUUCUCUGCCUGUUUUUAUUAAGGUUCCUUGUCUUUCAGUGCUGAUGAUAGUAAAUGAAAAGAUGUGAACUGACAGUUCUUUUCUGCUCAUAAUUUAUCCCCACUUGUUGGAGUAAAUAGUGUAGGCAACAUCAGCAUACCUUAUAUUUGUAGAAUUUUAGAGUUCUGAGUGAUGUUAGAAAUCGUUUUCAUUUUACAAUCAAGGAAAGUGAGGCUCAGAAAUAGCAAGUGACUUGCUUGAAGUGGCAUUAGAGACAGAGAGCUGGGGAUAAGAUUUGGGUGUCCUGAUUCUCAGUUUAGUGUCCAUUGAGUUUUAUUCCUUUAUUUUGUGCUGUUUUUUUUAAAAAAAAAAAUUCACACAUAUUUGUGCAAGUCUGUGUUUAUGAAAAUUCAAAGUCCCAACAGAAAGUUGUCACCGAGGGACCUCUCCCCAGCCUGUAAGCUCUCGGAAUGAAUGGUGCCAUUGUGUCCCUGAAUUUUGAGCUUGGAACAAUGGGAGCCCUGUUGAGAGUCUCCUGAAGUAACUUAACCUCCUGCGUUGUUUCACCAGGGAAGCAAUUGGAAGUGGCAGCCAGAGGCCCUCCCCGUGUGUGACCUCUUUGCUGAAACCCAGAGGGUGGGGACUGUAAACUACUAUUUACUCUUCAGUUUUUGGAGAAACACGAGUUGUGAGGAAAAGCUGGUUUCUCCCCUGAGUGUUUACCUCUCUCUGUAUACUCAAAUAGGUAGACUUCCCUAUACGCCCAUAUGUUAGCUUAUUUCCUAGGCUCUGGCCACUUAAUAUUCUUUCAUGUUUUUCUCAGUAUUCUUUUUCUUUGCACUUUAUGCAAAUUAAAAACAUUUUUAAAGCUUCUUGUAUACUGUAAACUCUACUAGGUGCUCUGCCAACUUGACAAAUUAGGGGACCUCAGCUACAUUAAUGCCUUAGUUAGAACUUUUAAUGGGUAACUUUUUAUAUAUUGGUUUAUUAUGGGCAAAAUCAUUAAAUUGUGGCAAACUAAGAAAAAGCAAAUUAUUUGCUAUUCAUCUAGGGCUUUGUGGUCAAUCACUAUUUCAUUAUUUUUAUAAUCAAAGUGAAAUUCACAUGACAUAAAAUUUACCACUUUAAAGUGUGCAGUUCAGUGGCAUUCAGUCCAUUCACAGUGUUGUACAACUACCACCAUUAUCUAGUUCCAAGACAUUUCCUCACCCCUAAAAUAGACCCCAUACUUAGUUAAGCAGUCAUUCCCUCCUCCUCCUAGCCCUCCAGCAACCACUAAUCUACUUUCUGUCUCUGGACUUACCUAUUCCGGAUAUUUCAUAUAAACAUAAUCAUAUAGUACGUGAUUUUUUGUGUGUCUGGCUUCUUUCACUUAGCAUAAUAUUUUUGCACUUAAUCCGCAUUGUAGCAUAUAUCAGUACUUCAUUCAUUUUAAUGGCUGAAAAUACUCCAUUGCAUGGAUACCACAUUGUGUUUAUCCAUUUAUCUCUUGAUGAACAUUUGGGCUUUUUCUACUUUUUGUCUGUUGUGAGCAGUGCUGCUAUUAUGAACAUUUGUGCAUAAGCAUUUGUUUAAAUACCUGCUUUCAAUUCUUUUGGGUCCAUACCUAGGUAUGGAGUUGCUGGGGUUUGUUUUUGUUUUAAGCCAUAGCAGGAUUCCCCCUCCCCUUCCAGUAGUAGUAGGACAAGGAAAAUCAGCAAUAUUUCAUGUUUGAGAGGGGCCUAGAUGAAUCUGAAGUUCUUCCUUUUUCCCCCGAAACUUUCUCUAAGACUAACCUCAAUGAAAUAUUUUGUUAUUAAUUAUAUUAAUGUGUUCAUUUUAUAAGUAAUAACAAGUACUCAAUUUAAAAUUAAUCUUCCUUUCAAAGUGGCCAAGUUUACCAUGCCUAGCAAGACGCUGUCAGCUGUGGCCGUGUGACCUUUGGUAGGUUACUUAAACCUUUUGAGCCUCAUUUUCCUCUUCUAUUCAGUGGGGAUAACAGGAGCUACCUACUACAUUGGAUUACUAUGCAUUCCUCUCUCUUCCUUAAUAUAGAAAGUUUUGCAUUAGAGGUAGUCCACCAUUUAACAGUUCUUUCAAGGACCAUAUGAUAUAUUUUGUUUCUCGAAUUCGAUAUUUAAUUCAGAAAAAUUAUUUGAAACGUGAAUAAUUUGAAAAGUAUACAACUAUAGUUAUUAAAUGACAUAAACUAUGUUUCUGUUCACAUUUUGCUAUCCUUAAUUCUCCAGUUUUUUAGACCUCUUGGGAGGUCUCAGACAGCAAUAACUAAUGCUAAGGCAGCUGAUUAUUUGACAUCCUUGGGUCAAGCUAGUAUUUUAAUGAAAAGAAUUCCUGCGUUUUUCAAAGAACUGGGGUUGCAGCAGAAAUAAAUUUCAAUGAUCAAGUGUCUAACUGAGCUGUUUAAUGAAAUCUAGUAAUUUAAAGAAAUACCUAUGUUUCAAUGUUUUGUUUUGUUUUUAUCCUGUGAGUGGUAAGUUAGGUAUUCUAGGUGGGCGAUAGAGGGAAAAAGCAAGCAAUAGAAUGAGUUGUUCCCAGGACAGAGCUGGAGCUGGGACAGAUGGAUUGUUAACUUUGGUUGUUAGGUCUUUUAUUGAAGACACUCAGCCAAAGAACGGUCAUCUUAGGCAAAAUAAAAGACUCUGCAAAUCCGCCAUUGGAAUAGUAUCUUAUUACAGUGAAUGAUGGAUAGUUUGAAAUUAUUACAGAAAAAAAUAAACCCAGACCAUUUUGCCUAGAGCUUUUCAGCCACUUUCCUGUCUAUUUUUUCCUUAUUCUAUUCAUUACUAUGACCAAAGAACGCUCUUCUUUGCCUCUCAAAAUGUUUUCCAGCAUUAAUAUGUAAAUUAAAACUGUCAGCAUUCCCACAGACCCCCAUGAACAAGCUGUAAUUGCUUUCAGCCUGUGUGGCCCUGGAAUUAAAAAGAUUUAGAAACCGGAGAAACUAGUAUUUAAUAUUUUCAUUAAGUUGCAAAAAGCAGGUUAGAAAUAUGGCUGUACUAGAUAUCCCCCUGGAAAAUGGCCUUUUGACAUCCUCACUCGCUUUCUUUUAGAAAGCCCUCUCCCUGCUCACACUAAUAGCAGAGUGGAGAGACUAAUGCUGAAGGGGCCUCAAAACACAAGGGGUCAGCAAUGUUCUCAAGAGUUCACGAUAGAAAGUCGUGCUGUUCCAAGCAGAGAACCAGGAAAGUUGAGAGGGUCGAGGCUGUCAGUUGGUGACUUCCUAAUGCUUGGUUUUCCUCUGAGAAGAUCACAUUCCUUACAGCCUCAGACAAUGAACUACAAUUAAAAUUAAACAAAUUAAAAAAAUAUUUUCUACAAAGGAGGUCAAGAGCCGCCAAUUUUCUUUUGAGUUAAAAAAGAGGAAGAUAAUGCUAGUAAGAGUUCUCAGAUUACGCUCACAGGUCCUCUGCCCCCAACUUCUGGCAACUGUGACCAUGAACUCUUGAAGCAUUCCCACAAGAACUUCUAGUUUUAUUUCUUCACUCAUAAUUUCAGUACCUGGUUUAAGAGUUUAUCUUAAUUAUGUCUGUUUACUCUAAAAUGUCUUAGUGGGUCAAGUACUGUUUCUUUGUUACUACUAAAUUAUCCUAUACAUACAUAGCACUUUCUUUACUAUAAGAGGAGUUCAGUGAUUUUUUUUUUUUUUCUUUUUUGGCUUAUGUGAAAACCUUUAGGUCUGGCCUUAUUCCUCCAAUGCUAAUAAACCAAGCCAAGUUGAAAACUGAGGCAGUGACCCUUGAUGAUAAUCAAAGAGAUAGAUAAUUUAGGUAAAAGCAAGUAUUUGGCCUGGCUUGGAUUAUAACUGAUUGCCUUAAUCCUGUGGUUGACUAUGAUGUUAGAAAAGGUGGUGCUUUCUAUUGCUUCAUCUUUAAAAAAAAUUUUUGACUCUAUUAGCAUCUCAAAUUUUAAUCAUUUAUUCUAGGUCUUGGUAAAUUAUACCUUAGAUUUGGUUUAUAAGGCUCUGAACUUACUUGUUUAAAUAUUUUGUUUCGUAUUUACCCAGGAGAGGAGCAUUUGUACUUUUGGAGCAAACAGGCAAAAAUCUCAGUCCCUUAGCCUCAGCCUUGUGGCAUUUCUUUUCAUCCUGUCUCCCAGAAGUAUGAGUGCUUUGUUCUUCUGCAAGAAAAUACCAUGAGCAAGACUCCACGUAAAGGAGUACAUAUAGAAAUACUUAAACCUACUUUCUAUUCUCAGAGAGAAAAAUGUGGAUUCUGUCUUUAACUUGUGAGCUUGGAGGAGCAAUGAGGGGUGUGAGGGUGUGCUCGCUCAUGUGUAUGCCUCUCUUCUGGGAGCCUGACUGCUCCCCCAGGGCUCUUACGACCUCCCACAGCGCUGCUCUUGCCAGAGUGGGAGGUUGAUUGUGCCAGGUUAAUUUUGUUACAAUCAAAGCACUGAAAAAUUGUGUGUACUAGGCCCCUUUGGUUUGAAAAACUCAAAAUGUGCUUUUCUCUGGUGGGGAUCAAGUCUUGAAAUUGAAAAGAACACAUUUGAGAAAAAUCUUAACAAUCGUUAUUGUGUGAAAGCAAGGAAAGUUUCUAUCUGCUACCUCUUCUGAUUGUGAUAUCAUUCUUUCAUCAGACAUUUGUUGAUUGCUGAUAUAUGCCACACACAUUAUUUGACUCUUGUUAAAUUUUCUGAAAUUGGAUAUAUAUAUUGGAUAGAGUCCUUUUUUAAAAAAGUAGGACUCUUAAAUGUUUAUAUAAUUAAUAGAAGUUUAGCUAUCCAGCUGCAUCACUGAUUUAUUUUACAAUAAAAUUGUGUUUAAUAGAUCUAACCCCCCCCAAAAAACUUUUACUCUAUCAUAGUUAGCUGGGUCUUUAGAAACAUUAUUUCACAUGUGUAUUUACAUGUUGUAAGGAAGAUUCCACUUAGAAAUAAUCCUAAUCUGGGGAGGAGGGUAUAGCUCAAGUGGUAGAGCAGCAUGCUUAGCAUGCACAAGAUUCUGGGUUCAAUCCCCAGUACCUCUGGAAAAAAAAAAAAAAAAGAAAUUAUCCUAAUCUAUACAAUUUGAUCUAAGUGAACUCUUUCAUCUAUAACUUUUUACCUCAUCUUUUAAUCAGUGUUGGAAAAUGCAUAUCUCACUAAAAUACAGUUGACCCUUGAUCAACAUGAGGUUUAGGGGUGCCCACCCUCUACACAGUUGAAAAUCCUCAGUCAGCACUCGGUAUCCGCAGUUCCAUGCAUCAGUGAAUUCAACCAACCAUGGAUAUGUAGUUAGUUCUAUAGUAUGUAUUUAGUGAAAGAAAUUCGGGUAUAGUUUGACCCUGACAGUUCAAACCCAUGUUGUUCAAGGGUCAUCUGUAUUUAAGUUAUUAAGUUGUUCUGGAGAAUAUUAAAUGGAAAGAAAUACUCCUGUAGGGGAGGAAAAAUGUCUUUCCUCUACCUUUUUAUGUUCUUAACUGGGACCCCGAUAACAAAAGAGAUUAACAAGAGAAAAGCAUGCAGAUUUAUUUACUUUAAGUUUUAUGUGACAUGGGGACCUUCACAAGGAAGUGAAGACCCAGAGAAAUCGUUAAACCUAAGUCCUUUUAUACUCAGUUUGAUGAAGAGUGGAAAGUUGUGGGGAAAUGUGAUAGAACAAAGGUGAGCUAAGUGUGAUAAACUACCAGAAACUUGGUCACAUCUGUUUGUUCAGAUUCCUCUCUCUGUUUCUAGUCUUCGGAGGAAAGGAUGCUCCUUUCCUCCAGGUAUUGGGGAGGGUACCUCUCACAUGAGGGUUUUCUGACCUGCUUCAAGGGAAGGUCGAAAGUCUUCCACACAUGCCAUAUCUCAGAUUCCUUCAGCUUAAAAUAUUCAGUGUUCCAGGGUGCCACAUUGUGGGGUGAUGUGUCUCCUGAACCCUGUCACUCCAUUUUUAGUUCUAAUUCUGCCACUCUUUUAAACUUGUAUCCCAUUUUGUCAAGUCACCUUCCAAAUGUUCAUGUAGAUAUUUUGUGAAGAAUGGUUAUUAAAUGUUUAAAUUGCUUUGAAACUACCAUAUAAGGAACUGUAUAAAAUUAAAUAAUACCACUUUCAUUAAAAUAAAAUAUUUUAAAUCUUAAAAUAUACAUUUUAAGAAUACUAAAUAAAAUGGAGGUGUUGUGUUUGGUUUGACUAAGGGAAGCUUGUGUUCAUAUAGAUAUUUGAGGUAAUGAGAAAUUAAAAUCGUAAAAUAAAAUUAAGUAGAAAUACCUGAUGUGGGGAAAAGUCUACAAUUCUGUUACUCCUGUCUUUUCCUUUCCUGGAGUUGAGAUAAAUGACUUUUUCUGUUAAAUUUCCUUUAAUGACAUAAGUUGUGCUAAAGAGAUCUUAUAAUAACUCAAGACAUCCUAGUGAAAGAAUGUUACUGGGUUUGUGGGAAUUUGUGUGUCUCAGCAGGGUGUCGUUAGCAGCAGAAGUAGAAGACACAUUAAAACUAGUUCCACAUUGUAGGCUGACUAUAACUCAAUACAAUAUUUUUAAUUAAAAAAAUUUAAAAAGCAUUAUUUAUUGACUCGAACAAAAUAAAAAAUUAAACAUAAAACUAGAUACUGCAGCCCCUUUAGCAUGCUGGUUCUGUGUCUCCUCCCAAAAGAAAUUAAAUGGAAAUUGCCUGCUCAAGGUUGUUUUAAAAAGUCACAAGUGUCCCCUGUGCUUGCUUGAGGACUCCUGCCUCUUCUUCUCUGGGAGUAUGUCUUUUGCUCUUUCCUAAGAAAGCUUUUCUAUUUAUUAGUGAGGUAAGUGUCUCCGUUCUGUCUGUACUUGGGCACUAGUGAGUAAGAUGAGCGGAAAUGCUCCCAUGCGGAGCACGUGCCGGGGGCGCAGGAGCAGCCGGCAGCACUUGGUGAUGCGGGCUGUGGAAACGCCUUUCUGUCUCCCAGGAGAGGACCUCAGUGGGUUUGGUCUGCCCCCUGGAGCCUGCAGCUAUUUCAGUCUAACUCCUCAUUUAAGUCAAUCUGAGGUACUGCUAAAGCCUGUGGAUUCUUUAAGUGAAUUGCCUCCACUUGAAUUCAGCUAAAAAUUGUUCACUUUCACUUCCCAGAGCUGCUCCCAAGUUCCAUGAACUCUCCCCUCAGCCUCACACCCCACCAAAAAUAUUGAUGUCCACAGCAUGACUAAUUUCUUAUUAAAGACCCAGGACUAUGGCUAUGAAUGCAUGCCUAACUGCAGGAACGGAGGAAAAGGGUGAAUCCCAGUGAGAGCUAAGCCCAAGAAUGUGAGAUAAAUUAGGACUUAGGAGAAAAAGAAUGGAUUUGUUUUCCUCUCAAUAAGUUGUUUUUAAAAAAGAAGAAAGAAGAGGAAAAAAAUGCAAAAAACCCCACCCCCAAAUAAUAAAUUAUACCUAAAAACUGAUGCGAGUGCAUAGCACUAUGCCAGACCCGUCCACCAUAAACUGAGUGCCUGCUAUGCCUUUCUCUCCUUGCCGUCCGGAACCCGUUGUAGAAUUGGUAGCCGUGGAGCAACUGGCAGAAGAGUGAGCAUUCCUGAGCAAGGUAGAGCCAGCCCCCGCAGGAAGAAGCUCCUCUUGUGUGUACAUAGCAGUGAGUGCAAACAGGGGUCAGUGUGUUUCUGAAAACUUGUGAAAGAAGAUCAUUACAGCCCUACAACCACCUACAAAUCAUACACACACUGCAUCCAGAGACUCCCUGAAAAAGUUAGGGUCAAGGACCCCAAACUGUUCCAUAAAUGAUCAAAGUCAUUCUGAGCUGAUAAUAUUAUACAGUUUUAUAUUCUACACAUUGUUUUAAAUGGAAAAUUAAAUUAAUUGGGAAAAUUAAAGCAGUUGUUUGGGGGCUAGGGGCAGGUGGUUUAGGAUGAAGAAAGCAGUAGACUCUACCAUUUAUUUUUUUUUCCCGUAAGAAUGGAAAAUGCCUUGAUCAUAGCUGCUUUGAUGUAUUGGAGUAUCACUCCACAAGUAUUUAUUCACAUCUUCCUCCCUUGAGGUGGAAUAUAUUUCUUUACACCACCACUUCAGACCUGGCCAUUAGACUGAACUUGGCAAACGGAAUGUUUAUGGAUAUGACUCCCGGAGAGGUCCUCAGUGUGCUUCCGCGGUUUGGCUUGGUGCUCGUGCUUUUCUGCCAUUCAUCGUAAGAGGAAUGUGCCCUCUGUGGCCUCUGAUUCAGGAGAAUGAGGAGACAUAUGGAGCAGACUUAAUCCCAGUCUGCAGCUAAACCCUGUUGAUCCCAGCCUAAUCCAGCAGAGUCAUAGCCAACCCACAGCCUGAAGUACACACACACCAGGCAAUCUGCAGACCCCUGAACAAAAAACACAAAUGCAUGUUAAGCCACUGAGUUUUGAGGUGGUUUUUUACACAAUCACUGACUAAUAUGCCAUUCUUAUUCCAUUUUAGUUCAUUCUCCUUGCAGAAGCCAUAGUCAUCUGUUUAAAUACAAAUCCAACCAUGUCACAUCCUUGUGUAAACCUUUUAGUAGUUCUCAUUGCUUUUGGAAUAAAUACUGAAUGUUUAGCAUGCCCUGUAAAGUCCUGUAUGAUGGGGGCUUGGCCUCUUUCCCCAUCUCUCUGCACUCGAGCCACCCAGCCUUUUCUCUCAGCUCUUUGGUCUCACCAUGCUCUCUUUCUUGUUCACGGCCCUUUUAUGGGCUGGCCCCACUGUGUGCUACCCUCUUCUCCCCACUCUUUGCUUCGUUAACUCCUAUUUAUACCUCAAGUGUAAGCUUAAAUCUUAAUUUUCCCAAGGAAACUCCCUGACCCUAAUGCAAGGUUAGGUCCCUAAUUAUAUGGGCUCGCAGUCCAUUUUAUUUCAGCUUUUAGCACUUAACUAUAAUUGCAAUGAAUUAUUCAAUUGUGUAAUUCAUUGGUAUAUGUCUUACCCAUCAUGAGGACGAUAUGUGUCUGAUUUGCUGCUUUAUCCCUACCUAGCACAGUGACAUGCACCUGGUAAGCACUCAAUAAAUAUUCCUUGAACAAGCAGUUGACUAAGGAGACUAUGCUUGAACAAAAGUCAGGGGAUACAUACUAGGUCACAUGAAGUUCUGAAUCACUUCAAAUGAAAGAUCCUGUAAGAAUUUAGUGUAAGGUAGUGUGAAUAUUGGGACAAGGUCAGAAAAAGAGACCUACAAAAAAAAAAAAAAAAACAAACCCACAGUGUU